AUGGCCGAAGUGGAAACCGCCCCUAUGCCUACCCAGGAUGACGCUUCAACCUCCGAGAUCUUGUCGAGCGAGGAGACAGCUGGGAUAGCGUCGGAAGUUGAGACGGAGACUGAGAAGGAGCCCGAGAAGGAGCCCGAGAAGGAGAUUGAGAAGGAGACUGUGAAGGGUACUCCAACGAAGGAAGCCGCCAAUGGAGCGAAGAAGGAAAAUGUUCCUCCAAAGCGCGCGGGAAUUGUCGCGGCAAAGCGCCCUUCCACAGUAUCGUCCGCGACGAAGCCUACCGUAUCACCCUCUACUCGAACAUCUGGCGGUUUGAGCAAGCCUCCUCUUCGCUCCGUCCCAGGCUCCACUGUACGAAAAACGACUAGCGCAACUGGGCCAACAUCCGCGAGUGCAUCCCAUAGAUCUCAAGCAUCCAUUGGAGGUUCUGGCGAUGAUAAGAAGAAGCCAUUGUCAGGUCCCGCCCGGAGAACCUCUCUUGCUCCUUCAGCAACCUCCGCCAAAUCCGAGACCCUUGCCGAGAAACGUGGAAGCACGAUAUCCUCUGCGACUGCUACGCGAAAGCCAGCCACCUCAAUCAGCUCAUCUAGCCCGAAAUCUGCUGUCAAAACUGCUGGGUCGAGUUCCACAUCAUCACGAGCGACUGGGCCAUCUAGCACAACUGCUAGCAGAACUGCUCCAACUGCUAGAUCUACAGCCACUGGUGUAGUUUCCGACGCGAAGAAACGCCUUUCGACUAUCUCAGGCUCAGCAACUGUGUCGAGACCCUCCGUCCGCUCUGGAGUAACUUCCGCGGCCGCUACAUCGUCCAAGGAAAUCGACCAGCUCAAGACGAAGUUGGAAGAGAGCGAGGCGAAGGUCGAAGAACUCCAAACUCAGCUCGUCUCCUCCCAGGAGAAAUUGGCCGAAAUUGGGAAGCAGCUCGAAGAGGAAGCUAAACGAGUUUCUGAAGCGGAGUCCAACAUUCGCACCGAACAUAACGAAAUGGUCGAGAAGCUACAUGCCAAGCACAAGGCUGAUGUUGAAGGACUAGAAGUUCAAUUGGCUGAUGCUGAAGUUGCUAAAGCUUCGGCACAAGAAGCAUCUUUAAAUUCUAUAGAAGAAGCCCAACAAGCGGCGGCAGCAAAGGGGGCAUCAGAAACGGCGGAAGCGCUCGAGAAACUCCAAGCCGAACAUGCCUCCGCAUUGGAAGCACUUGAGGCCGAGCUAGCUGGCGCCAAGGAAGCCAACUCAGCUGCUGCAUCUGCGGCUUUGGAGAAGGAAGCAGAGAUAGCAACUCUGAAGUCCUUGCUAGAUCAAGGGAAGACGGAGCUCGAGGCUUUGAAAUCUGAACAUGAAACUGCCAUCGGUGCACUCAAGGAGUCCUUAGAGGCGGACCAUACUGCUGCCCUAGAGGCGUUGAAACUUACUCACUCCGAGGAGCUCGCUAAAGGCAGCACAGAAGCGACAUCAGUCUACGAGAAGCAAGUUGCAGAAUUUAAUGAAAAGCAUGAAUCUGCGACCAGCGAGCUUCAGAGGCAACUCGAAGAAGCGUCCGCCACUCGAAUGUCGUUGGAAGCUUCUCAUAGAGAAGAAGUUGCAGAAUUUAAUGAAAAGCAUGAAUCUGCGACCAGCGAACUUCAGAGGCAACUCGAAGAAGCGUCCGCCGCCCGAAUGUCGUUAGAAGCUUCUCAUAGAGAAGAGUACGAAAGCUACCGGGCUGAAUCAAAAUCGGCAAUGGCUACUCUUGAGGAGGAAGUAGCUAGGUUGGAGGCAAAGACCGAAGAGGAUUCGAAGUUGUUGAAUGAAACCACAGAAAAGCUCGGUGAUCUGAGCACACAGUUCGACGCGGCCCAGAAGCAGUUGCUCUCAGCUCAAGAAGAACUCAAGGCAGCAUCUGAGAAGUACGAGAUCUUGCAAGCUAAGGAUGCGGAGGAUGAAAAAGCCAUUGCAGCAGCCCAGGAUGAACUGACUACGGCUAAGCAACAAGUGGCUUCUCUUCAGAAAAUGAUGGACACAUUUGAUGAAGAAGGCAGGGGCAAGGAUGAAUUGCAUAAUAAAAUCAAAGCAGAGCUUGCUACCACCGCACAAAGUCUAGAAGAUAAGGCAAAAGAGAUCGCGCUCCUGCAGGAGCAACACGAAAAGGAGCAAGAGAAACACCAGUUAGAACUUCAAAAUGUCACCAAGGACUAUGAAAGGGAAAUUGAAGCGCUCCAGGGCAAUUCGGGAGUUAGGGAGGAAUACGAGUCUCUUAAGACAAAGCAUGAGGAACUGGUUAAGUCCCACAGUGAGGCCACAGCAUCCCAUACCGAAGCGCUCAAGAAAGCUGAGCAAGGCCAAGCUGCUGCCGCUGCUUCUCUUGACGCCGCCGAGAAGGCCCAUCAGCAAGCAGUUGAAGAGUUGAAGGCCAGCCAAGCGAAGAGCCUGGAUGAGGCCCAUGAUAGAGCGAUUACGGCCGGCGAUGCUUCUCGAGCAGUCGAGUUGGAGCAGCUCCACGCAAGCCAUACCCAGGCCAUUGCUGCCUUGAAAAAAGAUCAUGAGGCUAGUCAAGUAACCGCAACCUCCGACGCUGAGAAAUUCAAGGCGGCUCAGAGCAAAUUGGAAGCUGAACUUGCAGGACUUAAGGAGUCACUAGACGCCUCUCAGGCGGAAAUGGAUGCUAUCAAACAAGAACUAGCACUCGAGAAGAUGGCCAAGACUUCUGCGGAGGCUGAUCUGGAUGCCGUAAAGAAUAAGAAGCCGGACACUUCGGAAGCGGACGCUUUGCGAAAAGAGUUACUGGCUUUGAAGGAGGAGCACCAGAAAGCUCUUGAAGCCGCUAAACAGGAAGUCGAUGAGGCUAUCGACGACAGCUUGGCAACAAAGGUCGCUCUCGAGAAGAAGCAGGCGGAAAUUGACAAGGCCCAAGCUGAACUCGAGAAGCAGAAGGCCGAAACAGAAACCCAGGCUAAGACGUCGAAGGCUGAUUAUCAAGAUCUGCAUGAUAGCCUAGGCCAACUAGUUGAGGAAGCGAAUAAGAAGGCUGCAGAUUUAGAGGCUCGACUAAAGGAAGCGGAAGCGAUGGUCAAAGUGAAGGAUGCAGAACUUAAGGAAUCAAAGGCUAAGAGUGCGGGCCCUGGUCUCGCUGCAAGCAAAUAUGCUGCAGAGGCUGAUCCUGACAGUGGUGCAAAUAAAGAGGCGGAGCUAGAGCCGGAGACGGUGGAAGGUGAGCAUGACAGUUCAUCAGCCGCACUUGCGUCGUUAGCAAAAGCUAAAGUCACCGCCCAGCAACUCGAGCAGAUGAAUGAAGAUUUGAAGCAGGAUAACUUGAGAUCUCUCGAAUCCAUCACCGACGUCACUCCACCCGUCACAGCCUAA